UAUGUAAUGAAAUUCACCCAGUCCUGAGUCCGUGGUUGAUCGAAUUUUUAUCGUGGACGCAACAUUGAAAUGAGUCGAAUGAAAGUAACACGUCAUCAGUAUUGGAUCUACACUAUAAGAUAGUUAGCAAUCUGUAGUCUGUACAGAGCUUUACUGGGUCAACAUGGACGAGUGGAUCGAGAAUAUUGUAGAACUUGAAUCAAAUAUAGAGUCUUAUCCAAAUCCAGGAAUCAAAGUGUUUCAGUAUGGCACAUCGGGUAUUCGUUAUAAUUCUGAACACUUGGACCAUGUCCUGCAUCGAAUGGGCUUACUGGUCGCUCUGCGCUCAAUACAUUUGAAAUCGGCAGCAGUCGGGCUAAUGAUAACAGCGUCACACAAUCCUCAAGAUGAUAACGGCAUUAAACUCAUUGACCCUCUUGGGGAAAUGUUGGACAGCUCAUGGGAAGUGUAUGCCACCAAAUUAGCAAAUGCCCCUAACAAUCAGGAUGUAUGUGCCAUGCUCAUAAAUAUUGCUUAUGAAAAUAAUAUUGACAAAAAGUAUAUACCUCGUGUGUAUAUUGGUCGUGAUACCAGAAAUUCUGGUAAAAGAUUAUUGGAUGCUGUACUUUGUGGUGUUAACGCUUUUAAUAGUAAUGUUGAGGAUUUUGGUAUAAUAACAACACCAAUGUUACACUUUUUUGUGAGAUGUUAUAACACUAAUGGCCUAUACGGCCAGCCAAGUGAACAUUCUUAUUAUACCAAAUUGACAAACAGUUUUAAAACUUUGCGUAAAAUGUGUUUAGAUUUGAAAAAUUAUAGUCCUGUAAUAGAAUUCGAUGGUGCUAAUGGAGUUGGUGCUUUAAAAAUGAAAGAUGCAAUCAUACAUUUAGAAGAAACAUUGGUGAUUAAUAUGCAUAAUGAUGACAUAAUGAAUACAGAAAAACUAAAUUACAAAUGUGGUGCAGACUUUGUGAAAUCAAACCAAUGCCCUCCUACCGGAAUGACUAUUAAACCACACUCUAAAUAUGUAUCUGUGGACGGAGACGCAGAUAGGAUAGUUUAUUCUUUUGUUGAUGAAAACAACAAAUUUUAUUUAUUAGAUGGUGAUCGAAUUGCUACACUUGUGGCUGGUUAUAUAAAAGAUUUAUUCAUUGCAUCUGGUCUUGAUGUCAACGUAGGGUUAGUGCAAACUGCUUAUUCAAAUGGAAAUUCUACAAAAUAUGUAACUGAUAAAUUGAAAGUACCUGUUGCAUGUGUUCCAACUGGGGUGAAAUAUCUUCAUCAUAAAGCCAACGAUUACGAUGUUGGUAUUUAUUUUGAAGCAAAUGGUCAUGGCACUAUAUUGUUUAAAGAUGCUAUACGUGAACUUAUUCGAAACCAAUGUUCUAUUGAAGUAGAUGAGGCAAAGUCACUGGCACUGAAGAAAUUGAUUUGCAUCAUGGAUAUGACUAAUGAGACCGUAGGUGAUGCUUAUUCCGACAUGUUAAUUGUCGAAUCUGUUCUUUGUGAACGAGGGUGGAGCAUAAGUGAUUGGUAUAAAACAUAUUCUGAUUUGCCAAAUCGUCUGAAACAAGUUACUGUUAAGGACAGAAAUACAUUUGAGACUGGUGACGCUGAGAGAAUUUGUUUGAAACCAUUAGGCCUUCAAGAAAAAAUAGAUUCUAUUGUGUUGAAGUAUUCUAUGGGAAGAUCGUUUGUCAGGCCUUCUGGUACAGAAGAUGUGGUGAGAAUUUAUGCUGAAGCAGACACUCAAAUCAACGCAGAUAAACUCGCUGUUGAAGUUGCAACUGCUGUUUAUGAUAUAGCUGACGGUGUUGGUAAAAAACCAGAAUAAACUAUACGUUAUCAAGUACAAUUUAAUGUGUUCAAAUAUAGUAAUUAUCCAGGGUUAACAAAUUUAUGUUAUUUAAGGAAUUGUGUACUUUUAUGCUGGUAUAGUUACCUUUAUUGUUCUAAAAUAUCUAUGUUCAGUUAUUAUUGCAUUAUUUUUUUUUGUAAAAUUAAUAAAUAAUUUCAAAAGAAAAUAAUUGUAUAAUUAAUAUUAAAUUUAAACACAUUAUUAUGUAUUAUACAAAUUUUAUAUUAAUGUUAUCAGAUCCUCAUUUUUAAAUUGUUAAUAUUUUUAUUUUUAUAUGAUAAUAGAAUGUAAUUUAACAUCUAACUUUACAACUGUGAGUUGAAGAUAAUUAUAUUUUUAUACAAUACGUGAAGCCUGAACUGUUUUCAACUGCAAAUCAUAAUAAUUAGAAUAAUAAUGAUGGUUACUUAUCCUUCACUUGUGUUCAUAAAACAGCACAUUCAUGGUUGUAUUAAAUUAGUAUCUACACCAGAUGUGCUAGUAAAUCCAUUUUAUUCUAUGUUAAUUUUAUUGUUUUAAUGUGUUUCGCUUUUUGUGAUCAUGUUGGUGCAGGUCAUUUUGAUUCUAUAAAACAUUUACAACAUUACACAUACAAUUUGGUUUGGGAUUUUCAUAUCUAGUUCGAAUCUUAUUAUAAACUUGAACAUAGUCAAAUUUAAAUUUCUAUCUCUGAUUGCUUUAGGAAUACUGCUAUAUGAUAUUAAUGAUUAAUAUUAAUUUAUAAUUAUACUAUAUGAUUUAAUAAAUAUUUUUCUUUUAAUAUAUUUAGUACUUACUUAAUUUUAUUACAGUGUUUGAUUAUAUAACUAUAUUUAUUAUACCUUAUGAUAUCCAAUAAGUUAAAAAUAUUUUUAGAUUAAGUAUAUGUAAUACAAUAUUUGAAAAAAAGAGAUUGGAAUGUAUAUUUAAUUAGGCAUCAACAUCAAUAAUUUUAAUACAUAUUAGUGUCUAAAGUUAAAUUUUUAUAAUAAUUUUUUUUUUUAGUUCUUUUUGCACAUUUAAUUGUAUAUUCAUAUACUUGAACAGGUUCUAGGCUCUAGUUAUAAUUUGCAUGGUAUACAUUAAAUAUAGAACCUUGUGUCCCCA